UUUUACAAUGUGUCUGUUUUUCUGGUUUAGAGCAUCAUGGAAGAAGAAGAAAACCCCAAUACAAGCACCUCUCUUUCAGAUCCCUCAACAACAGAGGUACUUGUUAAUGAUCUGACUACAGCUCCAGCCACUAAUCUUCCUCCUGUUCUGCCUCCGAUUCCCACUGUUCCUCCUGUUGCUGUUGCAACACCGGAACCUCUUCCCCAACCUAUAAUUACCCCAGCAACCCCACCACCAAUUAUGCCGCCUAUAGCUCCAAUAUCCUCAAUACCUCCCCCAGUUCCCCGCCCUCUGGCACCACUUCCUGUUCGUCCACCAGUCAUCCGUCCCCUUGUCCCACAAAACACUGAAGCAAAUGGCUCUGAUUCGGAUUCAGACCGUGAUGCUGCUCAUGGUUCAUCUGCGGAUUAUGAGAUAUCAGAAGAGAGUAAACUGAUCCGAGAAAGGCAGGAAAAAGCAAUGCAGGAACUUCUGAUGAAGCGACGUGCUUAUGCUCUUGCUGUGCCCACUAAUGACUCAGCUGUCCGUGCUCGUCUCCGCCGGCUUGGUGAGCCAAUUACAUUUUUUGGAGAAAGGGAGAUGGAAAGGAGGGAGAGGUUACGGAUGAUUAUGGUGAAGCUUGAGACUGAAGGACAGUUGGAGAAGUUGUUGAAAGCUCAUGAGGAUGAGGAGGCUGCUACUGCUGCAGCGGUGGGUGAGGGUGACACUGACGGGCCUCAAGAGUACCCAUUUUUUACUGAAGGGUCAAAAGAACUUUUAGAUGCUCGGGUUCAUAUUGCUAGGUAUUCAAUUGUGAAGGCUGCCUUGCGGCUUGAACGUGAAAGGAGGAGAAGGAAUGAUCCAGAUGAAGAUCUUGAUGCAGAGAUGGAUUCAGCUCUGAAACAGGCAGGUACCUUGGUCCUUGACUGCAGUGAAAUUGGUGAUGAUCGACCACUCUCGGGGUGUUCCUUUUCACGAGAUGGAAAGCUACUUGCCACCAGUGCUUUGAGUGGAGUUGCUAAAUUGUGGGGCAUGCCUCAAGUAAAUAAGGUCACUGCCUUAAAGGGUCACACAGAGCGUGCAACCGAUGUUGCAUUUUCUCCUGUCCAAAACCUCAUAGCGACUGCUUCUGCUGAUCGGACGGCUAGGUUAUGGGAUACUGAAGGUUCUGUUCUUAGAAAAUUUGAGGGCCAUCUGGAUCGUCUUGCACGUCUCGCAUUCCAUCCAUCUGGGAAGUACUUAGCAACAGCUAGCUUUGAUAAGACUUGGAGGUUGUGGGAUGUUGACACUGGUGUUGAGUUGCUUCUUCAAGAAGGUCAUAGCAGGAGCGUUUAUGGGAUAUGUUUCCACCAUGAUGGAUCUUUAGUGGCAUCGUGUGGGUUAGAUGCACUUGUUCGAGUGUGGGACCUGCGUACUGGAAGAAGCAUUCUUGCCUUGGAAGGCCAUGUUAAGCCGGUCCUGGGAAUCAGCUUUUCUCCCAAUGGGUAUCAUUUAGCCUCUGGUGGUGAGGAUAAUACCUGCCGAAUCUGGGAUUUGAGAAAGAAGAAAUCCUUGUACAUAAUACCAGCUCACUCAAACCUUGUCUCACAAGUAAAAUUUGAGCCGCAGGAAGGCUAUUUUCUGGCAACUGCUUCAUAUGAUAUGACAGCUAAGGUGUGGUCAGCUCGAGACUUCAAACCCGUCAAGACAUUAUCUGGACAUGAAUCAAAAGUUACAUCAUUGGAUAUAGUGGGAGAAGGAAAUCUUGUGACCGUUGCACAUGAUCGGACUAUCAAGCUAUGGUCAAGCAGAAGUGAGAAGGAAAAUGAUAUGGAUGUUGAUUAAGUAACAAUUCUGUUUCCUCUUGCCAUUUCAAGGAAAUUAAUGCUGACUUCUCUCAUGCCCUUGGUUGAACAUCCUAAUGUCAUCUGCCUUUUGCUUUAAAAAGGGGAAGGGGAGAGGGAAGAGAGUAUAUUUCAGGAAUCCUGAGUUUGGAUGUUGAUUAAAUUUUGUAUUCUGGAUUCCAUGUUU